AUGUCCAGGAAACCGAAGUAUGAUGAAAAGAUUGUCUCCGGUCUCUGGCCUCUGGUCUCCGGUCUCCGGCCUCGGGCCUUGCCUCAGGUCUCCGGCCUUGGGCCUCGUCUCAGUACACCGGCCUCAGGUCUCCGCUCUCUGGCCUCUGGUCUCCGGUCUCCGGCCUCGGGCCUUGCCUCAGGUCUCCGGCCUCGGGCCUCGUCUCAGGACACCGGCCUCAGGUCUCCGGCCUCAGGUCUCCGGUCUCUGGCCUCUGGUCUCCGGUCUCCGGCCUCGGGCCUCACCUCAGCCUCGGGCCUUGCCUCAGGUCUCCGGCCUUGGGCCUCGUCUCAGUACACCGGCCUCAGGUCUCCGGCCUCAGGUCUCCGCUCUCUGGCCUCUGGUCUCCGGUCUCCGGCCUCGGGCCUUGCCUCAGGUCUCCGGCCUCGGGCCUCGUCUCAGGACACCGGCCUCAGGUCUCCGGCCUCAGGUCUCCGGUCUCUGGCCUCUGGUCUCCGGUCUCCGGCCUCGGGCCUCACCUCAGGUCACCGGCCUCAGGUCUCUGGUCUCACCUCAGGACUCCGGCCUCCAGCCUCCGGCCUCGCCUCAGGUCUCCAACCUCGGGUCUCGCCACAGGUCUCUGGCCUCAGGCCUCCGGCCUCGCCUCAGGCCUCCGGCCUCGCCUCAGGUCUCCGGCCUCGCCUCAAUUCUCCGGCCUCCAGCCUCCAGCCAUGCCUCAAGUCUCUGGCAUCAGGUCUCCGGCCUCUGGCCACGCCUCUGGUCUCCGGCCUCAAGUCUCCAGCCUCAAGUCUCUGUCCUCAAGUCUCUGGCUUCAGGUCUCUGGCCUCGCCUGAGGUCUCCGGCCUCCGGCCUCGACUCAGGUCACCGGCCUCGGGCCUCGCCUCAGGUCUCUGGCCUCCGGCCAAGCCUCAGGUCUCUGGCCUCUGGCCUCAGGUCACCGGCAUCCGGCCUUGCCUCAAGUCUCUGGCCUCCAGCCUCCAGCUUCACCUCAAGUCUCCGGCCUCGCCUCAGGUCUCUGGCCUCCGGCCUUGCUUCAAGUCUCCGGCCUCCGGCCUCCAGCUUCGCCUCAAGUCUCUGGCCUCAGGUCUCCGGCCUCAGGUCUGUGGCCUCAGGUCUCUGGCCUCACCUCAGGUCUCCGGCCUUGCCUCAGGUCUCCAACCUCGGGUCUCGCCACAGGUCUCCGGCCUCACCUCAAAUAUCCGGCCUCCAGCCACCGGCCUCGCCUCAGGUCUCCGGCCUCGCCUCAAGUCUCCGGCCUCUGGCGUCAGGUCUCCCACCUCUGGCAUCAGGUCUCUGGCCUCCGGCCUCGCCUCAGGUCUCCGGCCUCGCCUCAAUUCUCUCGGCCUCUAGCCGCCAGCUUCGCCUCA